AUGUCUGAAACCGUUGACAGAAGAAGCAGCAUCACUUCGAGUAUUAAGGCUACUCCGCCCAAACAAAGUGGUGGGGUAUUGAAGAAACUCGCUGCCAAUAAAGAAUGGGUAUCACCAUUUAGACUGGGGAACACACGGAAUUGGCAUAAGGACUUGCAGGAUUUGAAUAACAUCGACAACAUUGAGAUCCCCAAGAAGUUCACGUCCCAUCCUGCCUUGGACGCAAAGAAGAAGGAAAAAGCUGCUGAAGUUGAAGACGUCAAAGACUCAGGAACUGUAAAGGAUGAUACAGAAGAUGAUGGUGACGCAGAAGAAAAAGAUGCGGAUGUUGAAGGUGCAGAAGGUACCGAAGCAGUUACCGAUGAGACUGUUGCCGAAGAUGCUCUGAUUGCUGAGUCUGAGAGGCCAUUGAGUGAAGCUGAGCUUCAUGAGAUUUCAAGUAAGACUGAAGAUGAACCCGAGGCUGAGGCUGAACAAGAAACCGAAAAAGAACCAACAGAAAGUAAUGGGCAUACAGAGACAGCUGAAAUUGAGGACAUUGACAUUGUUACUGAGCAGCCAGAAUCCAAGUCAAAGGACCCACAAUUGGAAGCCAUUGAAGCUGAAAGGGAACACAUUUUGGGGGGCUUCAAAGAUGAGCCUGUUAUGUUAUCUCACUACUCUCAAUUGGAAGCCACUGCUAGUAAGUCUGUUGACAAGAAGUUGAGCGAUCCUAACCGUGUUGUCAAUUUGGGUGCUGGUUUAAAGAUGACCAACAGUCAAAUUAUGGCUAUUGCAGCUCAAAGAGUGGCUCCUAUGUUAGCCAAUAUCAACCAGCAAGUGUCCAAAACAAGAGAAGAGGAUGAACUCUUGAGACAAGAAAAGAUUGCCACCAAGAUCCAAGGACAUGAGAAGAAGUUGGAAGGUAUAUUCGAAAAGCAUGUGCUGAAAAUUGGCAAGAGUCAGGCUAAAUUUGAUAAGGAAAUCGAAACCCAAUUACUCAACCUUGAUAAUUCAAUGAAAAAUGCAGAAGAGAAUGCUCAGAAAUUCCAUGACGAUACCAAAGCUGAAAUCCAACAAUAUAAAGAUGAUUAUGCUGAAAGAGAGGAAAAGGCUGUUAGUAAGCAUGAGGAUGACAAGGAAACUUUAAUCAAAAACCAUGAAGAAUUGACUGCCACUAAGCAACAGGAAUUGGAAGAUGCCAAACAAGGUCAAAUUGAUGCCAAUGCUGCCAUUGAGGAAUUGAACACCAAGAAGGAACAAUUAUUGGAAUCCAACUCUGGUUUGAAUUCCGAAAUUGAAGAAAUCGAAAGUAAAUUGGCUGCCAAACUUGAAGAAUUAGAAGACUUGAAGGCGUCUCAUGAAGAAAAGCGUACUGCCAUUGCUGCAAAUAUCUCUGAACGUGAAGAGAUCAACAACAAUGUUAAAUCUUCAGAAGCUGUUCUUGCCGAAAAGAAGAAGAAGCACGGUACUUUGGCUGCUGAAGUUGGUGUGUUGGCCGCAACAUUAGCUGCUUAUGGUGCUAAGUUAUCUACUUUGGGCUCCGACAAGACGGCUCGUUCCACCAGAUUGACAGAGGCUAAGGAACAUUACAACAAGUGGGAAGCAGAAAAGCAAGAAGCUGCUAGACAAGUUGAAUUGGAACACUUGAGACAAAGAAAGGAGGCUGAACAAGAAGUUGAAACUAAAAGAAUUAAGGCUGAACAAGAGGCAGCUGCUUUAGCAAUUGAGGAAGAAGCAAAGCGCAAGAAGUUAGAGGAAGAAACCGAAACCAAGAGGUUAGAGGAAGAGGAAAGACGUAAACAAAUUGCUGAGUCUGAGGAGACCAAGAAAUUGGAAGAAGAAAUUGCUAGAAAGAAGCAAGAACAUGAAGAUGCCAUCAAAGCAGAAGAAGAGCGGUUGGCUCAAAUUCAAAAAGAGAAGGAGUUAGAGGAGGAAUUGAAGCGUGAUCCUGAAUACCAACGUGAAUUGCGUAUCCAGAAACGUGACAUGGAAAAGCUUGCAAUUAUCCAGCAACGGGAAGAGUACGAAGCGCAAUUUGAAACCAGAAAACUCCAAACAGAGAAAGAGGCUGAAGAAUUGAGAUUGGAAAUUGAAGAAUUGAAGCACAAACAAACAGAAAAGGCAGAAGCUGAUCGGUUAGAAGCUGAAAGAUUGGCUCAAUUAAAGUUGGAGGAAAUUGAUAAGUUGAAGAAGGAAAACGAAGAACGUAUGAAGAUUUACGAAUCUCGUAUUGAAUUGGAAAACUUACAAAGGACUCGUUUGCUUGAAGAAGUUGACCAUUUGAAAAAGAUUAGAGAAUUGAGAGAAGAGAAGGCCCGUUUAGCUGCUCAAACUGUUGAAGAUAAUAAAUUAUCACACGUUCAAAAAUUAAUUGAAGAACGUGAACUUGAAGUUGAUCGCUUGACAAGACAAAUUGAAAUGGAUGAUGACGAGUUUUAUGCAUUCCAAGCAAGAGAGAAGGCUUUUUUAGGAAAGAGCAAUGAUUUCGCUGCAGAGGAGCCACUGAAAAUUGUGGCUCCCAGUAGCGAAGGAGCCAGAGAGGUGCAAGAAAAUGUACCAUCAAAUUCCCAAAAAGACGUUGCACCUGUUAUAAUUCCAACAUCUAUUCCUCAAUCUAAGAGCGUUGAACAACCUUCUCCAAAGGAUAAGUCUGCCACAAGCUCAAGCCAAGAAGUAUCUACUACUUCAUCUGAAGGAGAUGCCAACGAAACUCCCAAGAAAAGAAGAAAAAGUUUGAGGGCUGCUCUUGGAUUUGGAGGUGCCACAGCAGCCAUUGGAGGUGCCACAGCUGCUGCUGUUGCCAAGACCAAUUCUGUCAUCAGAUCCCCUUCGAAGAAGUCGAAGAGGCCUUCAACACCUGAAACCCCAAGAUCUGAAGUUCAAUCAAAAGCAGUUGAUGAGCCAUUGAUGAGGGCCAUUGAACCCGAAGAACCCAUGCCUAAGGCCCCUGAACUUAAGAGCGAGGCCUCUGAACUUGACGAACAUAAGGCCGAGGCUCCCGAAGUUGAUGAACCCAAGAUCAACGCUCCUGAACGUGACGAACCCAAGAUUACUCGUGGAAACUCGACUGUUAGUGGAAAAACAGAAAGCGAUGUUCAUGAACUUGAAUCAGACAAUGAAUGGGAAACCAUUUCCGUAUACGAGGAAGUCUCUUCUCAAGAAUGGGAUGAGAACAGAAACGACCCCAACUAUUUAGAGGUGACUCAGGAUGAAUUUGAAAAGAAGCAAAAAAAAGUGAUUGAAAAUUAUGACACAUGA